CAACAAUGGAGAACAUCACGUGGCCAAGUGUUAUCGCACACGCCAAAAAGAUAAAUGUUGUUCGAGCACCAAACAGGAGAAUCAACCUAGAGCGAUAGUUGUCACCACGUUUCAAAGAAGCCGCGAAUUCCAUGUAAUUUGUCACCUUAGUUUAACACAUUUUAACAAAAUGCCUCCACGCAGGCAAUGGAUUGACAAAAAAUCCGCAACCACCUAUCAACUUUUUCACAGAUCGCAAAAUGACCCUCUGAUACACGAUGCAGACGCGGACGAUAGAGUCCUCCAUAGGGUAUCCGGAGCUCCAAUCACGGAAUCAGCUCCAAAGAUUUCCAAAACCUCCAAAGUCCUUGCGGAACUUGAGAAAGAAUUUGAAGGCGCGCAAGUCCGGAAGAAUGAAGGAGAAGCGGCGAACUAUGGGAUAUACUACGAUGACUCACAAUAUGAUUAUAUGCAGCAUUUGCGAGACUUGGGCGGGGCUGGGAGUGAACAGUCGCACUUUGUUGAAGCCGCGCCAAUGAAGGGGAAAGGGAAGGCCAAAGGCAUGAAACUUGAGGAUGCAUUGAGGGAGACUUCACUGGACGAUGUAGAGGAUUUUAGGUCGGUUCACGAGCAUGAUGUUCUCUCCACGGCUUCGACUUAUUCUAGGAAGUCCACCUAUCAAGAUCAACAGGAUGUCCCCGAUGCCAUUGCUGGGUUUCAGCCAGAUAUGGACCCUCGACUAAGAGAGACUCUGGAAGCUCUUGAGGAUGACGCAUUUGUUGAUAGCGACGAGGAUGGAGGUUUGUUUGAGUCCCUAGUGCAAGGUGGGGUGGAUGCGGAAGUAGAUCCCAGUGAAUGGAGGGAUACAUAUAUUGAAGACGACGGUGAAGGCUGGGAAUCUGACGCAACGGAAAAGGCACCGGAGCAACCAAGUGUAAGCACGCAAAAUGCAGCUCCACCUUCCAAAGGACCUACAAAUGAUGAGCAAAUCCCAGACACAACUGCCGCAGAGGGAGACUGGCUUCGCAACUUCGCACAAUACAAGAAGGAUAUGAAAACAAAACCUUCAGCGCCCGGUACGCAAGGAGAUACCGGCUCCGCGCUACCUGCUGGAACCGUGGCAUCCACAAUGUUCACUGCCGGCGGGACCCCGGUCCGCAGAAAGAAGCGCAAGGGUGCACUCACCAACCCAUCGGCAUAUUCCAUGACCUCAUCUUCACUGGCGCGAACAGAGGGACACCGCCUUCUCGACGACAGGUUUGAGAGAAUUGAAGCACUCUACUCGCUUGAUGAAGAAGGGGAGGACUACGAUGACUCUAGCAUGGCGGAUGACAUGUCUAUGGUCAGCGGGAUGUCGACGGUAUCUAAAGUACCCAGCCUGGUUAGCGGGGGGACGCCGCUUCGGUCGGAUUUCAAUCAGAUCAUGGAUGGGUUUUUAGACGAUUGGGAUGAUCGUGGGGUGCAUGCUAAGAGGAAGGGGGCGAAGGGAAAGAGAGGAAAGAAUGGAAAUGAGGUUGUCGGAAUUAGGAUGCUGGAUGAGAUUCGGCAGGGUCUUGGGCCGGCGAGGUUGCCUGGGAAAGUCUAAGGGGAUUUCCUAUCAUUUUCUUUAUCUUAUUUUGGGUUCGAUCUAAUGAUUGCAUGUUUGGGUCAUAUUUUACUUAUUGGAUUCGAGGCGUUCUGUAGUUCAAAUCGGUGCAUGUAUUGGUUUCGGCGCGAUAUUCUAUUCGCAGCAUUUCGCAGCAUUUAGCAGAUCGGUAUAGAUAAAAGGGAUCCUAUAAACAUGUCGAUGGAUGGAAAAUCUCGGACAGCAAGCAUGAUAGCAGUAAUGCAUUAAACUAGUUACUUAUAUUAUACAUGCGUUCCUCUAAAUGUCUACAAUAAUGUCUUCCAAAGUUUUUGAUACAUAAUGUACAUACAAUUGUGGCAGACUCCCGUCAGGACGUCUAAGGCUUGUUGGAUCUACAACGCGCCCCCAACCUUCUCCACAAUCCACAUAGAUAACCGCACAUUCCACCCAACUCGCCUCUCAACCUUCCUCAGAUCUUCCCGGGAUAUGGCACUGGCAUCCUUCUGUAACCAUUCAGUUUCCUUUGACAAUCUCCGUUUCAGCGCUUCGUCAGAGGUUACCACGA